UCGUUAUUUUUAUUGAUUCCGAUUUCUCCGCUAUGCGAAUUAUCAUGUGCUCUAUCGUUUCCAUCAAAAUCUUUUAUCACUAAAUUAGAGUUCUAACAUUUUCGUUUGUUCAGUAAGCGUGAGUAAGCGGAGGCAUAAAAUUGAUAAUUGCAUCAGUUGCUAUGAAGGAAAGCACAACUUAUAAAAAUAUUAAAAACAAAAUUAUAUUAUUGUGCUAUAUUAUUUAGAUACAUAAAAGACUUUAUAAAUUUUAUAAACUCUUUAUAAACAGACAGUAUUUUGUACAAUCUGCAUAUAAUUUAUUGUCUACGAUGAGUGCUAUAGAGAAGAAAUGCUGCCCUUUUUUGGAGAAAUGUUACAGAAAAAAUCCAAUUCACUUUAGUGAAAUGUCACAUCCUCACUUGGAAAAAUUAUUGGUAAAUCAACUGGAUGGCAUGAUAGAAAUACCAGAGAUUCUUAGCUUUACAUGUAAUGAUCGUUCUCAAUUGCUGGAUCAAUUGAAAGUACUGCAAAUGGUUCUUAGAAAAGAAAGGAACAAAAAUGAAGGUAAUUCUAUAUCAGUAACAAAUAAUCAACUGACCAAAGCACAAUCUUCAUUAAAUAGUAAAGAUGUACAAGAAAAAGUAGAGAGACAUAAGAAAGCUACGACACAGAAGAGGCAAGAUAAGCUUAAGCAAAUGGAUAUAGAAGCUGAAGCUCUAUCUAGAGCUCUUAGUAAUGCAGAGUAUGAGAGUUCAGAAAAUAUCAAGACAAGAAAGAGAACUCAAAGUUCAGCUGGUUCUGCAACGAAGAAAAUGAAGGAGGUCAAUAUAGAAAGUAACAAACACUCCAAGGAAAGUCAGCAGAUCAGUGAUGAUUCUCAAAGCAGUUCAACAAGCAAGAAACAAAGUCAAAGUACUGGUAAAGGGACAUCCCUCAUGGACAUGUAUGAGCAGUGUGAUUCUGAAAAGUCCAGAAAAGAAGUCAGAGAGAAAGCUAUUCGAAUGAUGAGACAGUCUGGAUAUGAUGUAUCUGUCGUGGAACCAGGAGAAUUUGCAUUAAAAUAUGCACUUUCAGCACCUUAUCAUCUAUUUUUUACAAGAGUAGAGAAAGCAAAAGAAACUUACAAUCAAAAGUUUUCCAUAACUUUCCCUGAGAUUCUUGACAGAAGUCUUGGGGAGAUAGUCAAUAGUCUUCAUCUGAAUUUUAUGGUAGAUGUUGGAUGGCUGUGCUUGCAAUACCUGUUGGCUGGCCAGCGUACUGAUAUGAUGAUUUUGUACGGCGAUAGAGUAGAUCAGGAAAGUUUAGGUUGCAAUAUCACUAUGAUACACGUAGAUAUGCCGAGUGCGUUUGGAUGCCAUCAUACUAAGAUCAUGAUCUUACAGUACAAAGACGACGGAAUCAGGAUAGUCGUCUCCACUGCCAAUUUGUACUCUGAUGACUGGGAGAAUAGGACACAAGGAUUGUGGAUUUCGCCGCAUUUGCCUCUACUACCAGAAUCCGCAAAUUCCAACGAUGGAGAGUCACCGACGAAUUUCAAGAAGGACUUUGAGCGAUAUCUGAGCAAAUAUAGGCAUCCAGCUUUAACGCAGUGGAUAUGGAUAGUGAGGAAGGCCGACUUUUCUGCUGUGAACGUGUACUUUGUCGCAUCUGUACCUGGAACUCAUAAAAAUGUUGAUGUUGAUUUCUGGGGACACCGAAAAUUAGCACAGAUCCUGUCUCAACACGCGACACUGCCGCCGGACGCGCCGCAGUGGUCUAUAAUUGCGCAGAGUUCCAGCAUUGGCAGUCUCGGCCCAAACUACGAAAGCUGGUUAUCGAGGGAAAUAGUUUCGUCUAUGUCACGGGAAACCACGCAGGGUUUAAAGAGCCACCCGAAGUUCCAGUUUGUUUAUCCGUCGAUAGAGAAUUACAAGCGGAGCUUUGAUUUUCAGACUUUGAGCUCCUGCUUGCCCUAUAGCUUGAAGGUGCAUUCCAAACAACAGUGGAUAGAAUCGUAUUUAUACCAGUGGAAGGCGACGCGAACAGGACGGAACCGGGCGAUACCUCAUAUUAAGUCCUACACGAGGAUCUCGCCCGACUUGAAGAGUAUACCUUGGUUCGUGCUGACCAGCGCGAAUCUCAGCAAAGCCGCGUGGGGAGCCCAGCGAAGCAACUAUUAUAUAAUGAAUUACGAGGCCGGCGUUGUGUUCCUACCAAAGUUCAUUACCGGGACAACGACGUUUACAAUCGAGGACGAGGAGGAUCCGGCCGUUCCGAUAUUUCGGAUUCCAUACGAUCUGCCAUUGUGUCGAUACGACUCGGCCGACAGUCCUUUCGUCAACGAGUUCUUCAGCACUCACAGCUAGGCUCGCUAUACUUUCAACCGAUGCAACUGGCGCUUUUUGAGUUUCCUCUGUAUGGCGGAGUGUUUGUGCAUGACAAAAGAUCUCGUGGAAAAUUGGCGAAUAAAUCCAUAUUCAUUUUA